AGAGAGAGAGGGAGAGGGGGAGAGAGAGAAGGCAAUAAAAAAAGAUCUUCUCAAACUCAUGCACCUUUAUUUAUUCUCUUAUAAAUUCUGUCACUGUUGUUCUAAUAACUAGGCUUUGAGGUUUUGUGUCUCCUGCAUUGUCUUCAUUUACCUCUAGUAGAAUAUCAAAUUAGUACUUCUACACACUUCUCUUGAGUCUUGAUUCUUGUCCUGCUCUUUUUGUUUUUUUUAACAAUUUCUUGAUUUUCUUGAAUUCUUUUCAUAAAAUCAAUAAAAAUCCCAGCUUGAGUAUGGUUCUCUUAAUCUGACUCUUGUUUUGCUUACCCAAAACCCAAAUCUUGAACCUGAAUUGUGCUAUUUUAUUUCAUGUUAAUUGGUUUCAUGUGACAUAUCUUCUGUUCUUCAAGAAAAUUAUACACCUUUUCUCUGUUUUGUUUUGUUCAUUGUUCUUGCCAAACUGAUAAAUUUUGAUUAGUACUUGAAGGCCUAUGAUUUAUGUAUGAAGUUGUGGAACAAUGAGAGAUGGGAGCUCCAAGAAAAGCAAGAAUUCAUGGCCCAAGGCAUUGGUCAAGAAAUGGUUCAAUAUCAAGAGUAAAGCUGAUGAUUUUCAUGCUGAUGAAACUAUUGCUAAUGCAGGCAGUGAUGAAGAAUGGAGUAACAGUUCAUCGAGAGAAGCAUGCACUAUGGAGACAAGUAGAACAGAGAGAUUAAGGAGGCACUCUGAGUUUGUAUCGCGAAGUAAGAUUGAUCUUGAUGCUGCCCAAGUCACAGAUGUUCAAAACUAUAGGAUCUUUGUAGCUACAUGGAAUGUGGCAGGAAAAUCACCUCCAAGUUAUUUAAGUCUUGACGAUUGGCUACACACUUCGCCUCCUGCUGACAUUUACGUACUCGGGUUUCAAGAAAUAGUUCCGUUGAAUGCUGGUAAUGUCUUGGGCACAGAAGACAAUGGCCCAGCCACGAAAUGGCUAGCACUAAUUCGAAAGACUUUAAAUAAUCUUCCUGGAACAAGUGGCGCUUACCACGCGCCCUCACCGAUUCCUGACCCGAUUGUGGAAUUAGAAGCGGACUUUGAAGGAUCAACACGCCAAAAGGCCUCAACUUUUCUUCAACGUCGAUCCUUCCACUCUAGUCAUAGUAUGAGGAUGAUGGGAAAUGACAUGUCAAUGCCACAGCCUCAGCUUGAUCGUCGAUUCAGUGUCUGUGACAGGAUAAUGUUUGGGCAGAGAACAUGUGAUUAUGGCCAAAAUGUAAUAUGGAACGGCUCCUACGAAGAAGAAAAUGGCGAUUCCCCCAGCAGUAAUCACUAUUCACCAUUGUCAUACAAUGGCUCUACCUUCACGGAGGACAGAGAUAGACAACAAGCAAACUCUGGGUACUGUUUAGUUGCUAGCAAACAGAUGGUAGGGAUUUUUCUCACAGUAUGGGUCAAGAGUGAUCUGAGGGAUGAUGUUCGUAACAUGAAAGUCUCUUGCGUGGGUAGGGGAUUGAUGGGUUAUCUUGGCAACAAGGGCUCGAUAUCAAUUAGCAUGUGUUUGCACCAAACAAGCUUCUGCUUCGUCUGUAGUCACUUAACCUCUGGGCAAAAGGAAGGUGAUGAAUUGAGGAGAAACUCUGAUGUCUUGGAAAUCCUAAGAAAAACGAGAUUUCCACGAGUUCAUGGCAUGGCUGAGGACACAUCUCCAGAAACAAUUCUGGAGCACGAUCGAAUUGUCUGGCUUGGGGAUUUGAACUAUCGGAUUGCACUGUCUUACCGUUCUGCAAAGGCUCUCGUCGAGAUGCACAAUUGGAGGGCUUUGUUAGAAAAUGAUCAGCUUCGGGUAGAACAAAGUAGAGGGCAUGUGUUUGAGGGUUGGAACGAAGGCAGUAUAUAUUUUCCUCCUACUUACAAAUAUUCAGAUAACUCAGACAGAUACGCAGGGGAUGAUAGGCACCCAAGAGAGAAAAGAAGGACGCCUGCAUGGUGUGAUCGCAUAUUGUGGCAUGGUAGAGGUCUGCAUCAAGUGUCUUAUGUACGCGGGGAGUCUCGUUUCUCUGAUCAUAGACCAGUUUAUAGCAUAUUCUUGGCAGAGGUUGAGUCUGUUAUUACUAGCAGAAUCAAGAAAAGCAUGAGUUGCUCCAAUUCUCGAGUUGAGGUAGAAGAGCUUUUACCAUACACCCAUGAAUACGGAGAAGUGCAUUUCUUUUGAAGAAAACUAGCAUCUGAUGAAGAAUUUGCCAAGACAAGGAUCAUACACAAUCAAGGAAACUUUCUGCUUGUGAAGCUCAAAAAUGUAGAGAUGCAACAACACAGCUUAGCUGAUUCGGCAAAGAAACUCUGGAUGGCAGGGGUCACUAGUGUUGGCCACAUAUUAAAGACAGCUUCCCAGAACUGACAAAUUGCUAGGCCGAAGGUCACAACAUUCUGAUCAGCAACUCCUAUACAGUCACCUUCCACUUAAAUCACCAAUUAUAACUCUGAUUAAGUAGGAUGGGUAGCCGUCGAUGUGCAUAACUUUUUUGUAGCAACACAAAUAUAGAAUAUUUCAGAUAAAUUUAUAGAACAUGAAUUAACAAAGUGUAGAUAGGAUACAAAUACCAUUACAGAGGUCGGACUUAAUACAGUUUAAAUGUACACAGUGCACAAGUCUCUCGGGUCUAAGAUAAAGACAAUUAUCAAGUUGCUAACUCAGACAUUGAAUAUGAAGCUUCUUUUACUGUUACUGAAAAGUUAAAAUUUACUGAAAAGAAAAGGCAUU